AUGCUCCCAACCCCAUCAACCUCGCACGUCGACUACGGACGCAUCUACGAGCCGGCCGAGGACUCCUUCCUGUUCCUCGACACGCUCGCGUCCCCUACCGAGUCGGCUUUUCUCACCUCCCGAUUCGGCGGCGACGACGAGGACGCGCCGGCGCCGCUCGUGGUCGAGAUCGGCACUGGCUCGGGCGUCGUCAUCGCCUUCGUGGCGGCGCAGGCGCGGCGCAUCCUGGGCACGCGGUGCGCGCUGACGGCGGGCGUCGACGCAAACGCCUUUGCGUGCGCCGCCACUGCCGAGACGGUGCGGCUGGCCACCACCACUGAAGCAGCGGCCGGCGCCGGAGGAGGAGGAGGAGGAGGAGGAGGAGGAGGAGGAGGAGGAGCGACCGCGGGGCUAUACCUGGGCUCGACGCGCGCGGACCUGGCGUCGGCGCUGCGCCCGGGGUGCGUCGACGUGCUGCUGUUCAACCCGCCGUAUGUGCCGACGCCCGACGCGCCGCCGCGGCCUGGCGGGGAGGAGGAGGAGGAGGAGGGGAAGGGGGAGGGGGAAGGUGGGGGUGGUGGUGGUGACUUGUUCGCGCGCGACUCGUACCUGCUCGAGCUGUCGUACGCGGGCGGCAGGGACGGCAUGGAGACGACGGACCGGCUGCUGGGCGAGCUGCCGGCGCUGCUGUCGCCGCGGGGCUGCGCGUACGUGCUGCUGUGCCGGCAGAACAGGCCCGACGAGGUGGCGGCCCGGGUGCGGGGCUUCGGGCCCGAGUGGCGCGUCGUCAAGGCCGGGGACAGCGGGAGGCAGGCCGGCUGGGAGAAGCUGCAGAUCAUCAGGAUAUGGAGGGAGUGGGAGGGGCGGGGGGAGGGCGACGGUCGGUAG